AUGGGUACAAAGCAAGAGAUAAGACGUAUUUUACCUUGUCGUGGGUGGAUAUACAACAGCUGUGUAAUUGGUGCUUUAUCAGGUCGGUCUGAGUUCAAAACGGCAGCAGAAAGUCAGAUCUCGCAAACAACACAGAUAACAAUCUACUUUAUUAUUUUACCCAAGAUGACGCUGUAUGCUUCAGAUACUACUCCUCCGAACGCCGCCUGUGAAUCGUCCUCUGGUAGGGGAGAUUACGCUGAUCUGGAAUCUAUCCUUCAUUUCAAUUUAACUUCAAGCCCCCCCGCAGCAGUGCUGGAGCCACCUACUGCCUUGGACAUGGAGCAUCCUCUGUUCAAGAAUGAUGAGCAAUCAGUUUUCGGCGAUUACAGUUCUUUCUUUUACCAAAAUGAUGCAUUUGGGCACACUGCACCCUAUGCAAACAUGGCAGUAAACGAUAACACGAGGCUACUUCAGGGGAUGUCAGCCCGGGUUAGUAGCCUCGAGGCCGCCGUUGCAGGUGGAAACGCAAAAAUUGCGCAUCUCGACAAUAGAAUUAUGGGAUUGGUAAACAAGGCUUAA